AUGGCCAAUGCAAUCUCCCCACCCAAUUUAUAUGACAAAGUUGCUCUUAAAUACUCUAUACACAGAGCCUUCGAUGUUACUAUCUUCGUCCUUCUCAUCUCUCUCCUCUUCUAUCGUCUUCUCAAUCUCAGCAACCAUGGAUUUGCUUGGCUUCUUGCUCUCCUAUGCGAGUCAUGCUUUACCUUCAUCUGGGUUCUCACUCUCAGUACCAAAUGGAAUCCAGUGGAAUACAAAACAUACCCAGAACGCCUUUCACAAAAGGCACAAGAGCUUCCUCCUGUGGAUAUAUUUGUUACAACAACAGACCCGGUACUGGAACCACCAAUACUCACUGUAAACACAGUCAUAUCCUUAUUGGCAGUUGACUAUCCAGUCGAUAAACUAGCUUGCUAUGUAUCCGAUGAUGGUUGCUCCUCUAUCACCUACUAUUCUCUUGUUGAAGCAUCCAAGUUUGCUAAGCUUUGGGUCCCAUUUUGCAAGAAGUAUAAUAUUCAAUCUAGAGCUCCUUUUAGAUACUUUUCUAGUGAGCUCAGUUUAACCAGCAAUUGUAAUUCCUUGGAAUUCCAGCAAGAAUACAACAUGAUGAAGGAUGAGUACGAGGAGCUUGCCUCCAAAAUUGAAUCAGUUGUCGAAAUAUCCACUGAGUGGGAUCUAAGCAGUGAUUUUGCCACCUUCUCGAAUAUAGAAAUCAAAAACCAUCGUGCUAUAAUCAAGGUUAUAUGGGAGAAUAAGGCUGGCCUUUCAGAUGUGUUGCCGCAUUUGGUUUACAUUUCAAGAGAGAAGAGGCCAAAUCACCCACAUCACUGUAAAGCAGGUGCCAUGAACGUCCUAACUAGAGUCUCUGGAUUGAUAUCAAAUGCUCCAUUCAUGUUAAACGUAGACUGCGAUAUGUUUGUCAACAAUCCACAGACUGUUCGUCAUGCAAUGUGUCUCUUGCUUGAUUCCAAGAACGAAAGGGAAAGUGGGUUUGUCCAAUUUCCCCAAUACUUCUAUGAUGAACUAAAGGAUGAUCCAUUUGGAAACCAGUUCGUAACUUUGUACAAAGUAAGUGCGUCCAAAAUCCUAUCCAUUAUUGAAGUUUACAUAGUGAGUGGAGUAGCUGGAAUUCAAGGACCAUUAUAUGAGGGAACCGGAUGUUUUCACAGGCGAAAUGUCAUAUAUGGUUCAUGUCCCGAUGACAUAGGAAAUCAAGCAAAAGGUCUCUCUCCACUUUAUGGUGAUUUAGCGGAUAAGGAGCAACUAAAAAUAUUAGGCAAUUCAAAGGAGUUCAUCAGAUCAGCUACUUAUGCAUUACAAGGGAAGGCAAGUGUUAGUCCUAAAGAUCUUUCAAACUUAAUCGAAGCAGCACAUCAAGUUGCCGGUUGUGGCUAUGAGCAUGGUACUAGCUGGGGCACAGAGGUGGGUUGGCAAUAUGGAUCCGCAACAGAAGACAUUCUCACUGGAUUAAUGAUCCAUGCAAGGGGUUGGAGUUCCGUUCUUUGCACCCCAGAUCCUCAUGCCUUCUUGGGAUGUGCUCCAUCGGGGGGACCAAUCUCGAUGACCCAACAAAAGAGGUGGGCGACAGGAAUAUCAGAGACAGUUUUUGAAGUUACACAAAAAGACCAAUCUUCAAAUGAUGGUGGCGAUGAAGGCAGGUUCACCUUCGAUGCUUCACCAAUUUUUGUGCCUGGGACAACCGUUCUGCUGCUGCAAUUAACGGCAUUGGUCAUGGGCUUCCGAGACAUGCCACCAUCAGUUAACAAUGGCUCAGGGUUGGGAGAGAUAUUGUGCAGCAUAUUGGUGGUAACAUGCUUAUGGCCAUUUAUGAAAGGGCUGCUUGCAAAAGGAAAAUAUGGGAUUCCUCUGUCCACAAUAUGCAAGUCUGCUCUUUUGGCAUUAUCUUUUGUGCACUUGGUCAGGAGGACAUCGAAGGGCCAAAACUAA